GUUACAUAGUAUUAUAAUAUUCUUACGCUAUUCACUUAUCACUACUCUCUUGGCAUAAGUUGAUACACACUAUUCUUCUCUCUUCUUGUUCUUGCUUGCAGCAUGGAAAUGAAUUCCUCUGGUGGUGCCUCCGGUUGGCUUUAUGAUUAUUCCUUUGACAUCUCUGUUGCUGGUGCUGACUUCAUGGCUGCAGACUCUGCUGGUUUCAGUUGGGGGCCUCAGAGUCAGACCUUCAAGGGUCCUUCAAAUAUGAGCUUAGAAAUGGAAUACUCACUGGAUUCAACUGUCCUGGAAAAUGGUCCUUCUAAACGGUUAAGGACUGAAUCAUGUGCAUCUGGCUCCAAGGCAGGUCGUGAGAAAUUGCGAAGGGAUAAACUGAAUGAGAGGUUUCUGGAAUUGAGUUCCAUCUUGGAGCCUGGUAGGCUGCCCAAAACAGACAAAGUUGCAAUAUUAAGUGAUGCGGCUCGAGUGGUAAUUCAAUUGAGAAAUGAAGCCGAGAGGGUGAAGGAAAUGAAUGAUGAAUUACAGGCAAAAGUUAAAGAAUUGAAGGCCGAAAAGAAUGAGCUUCGUGAUGAGAAGAAUAGGCUGAAGGAAGAGAAAGAAAAAUUGGAGCAGCAGGUAAAACUGACAAAUGUGCACCCUAGCAUCCUCCCUCAAACCGCAACUGCUAAAGGACAAGUUGGUGGCCACAAGCUGAUACCUUUCAUUGGAUACCCUGGAUAUGCCAUGUGGCAGUUUAUGCCCCCUGCUGCACUUGAUACAUCAAAGGAUCAUCUGCUUCGACCUCCAGUUGCAUAAAGUGGUUAGCAAUAGCAUCCACUUCUUUGUUGUGUGUGUUAUUUGCUUGUGUUAUAUUUUUGUGUAAGUUAUCCAUCUUGUCUAUUGUGUGUUUUCUAAAGUCAGUAAUGGAAAGUGUGCUUGGAAACUUGGUUAUAUGAUAAAUUUGUGCUGUUGUUUUGUUGUCUGAACUAUAUUAAGAAAAUACUACAUGUCAUGGCUACAAAGUGUGUUUCAUUAUUAAAAAUAAAAGUGAGUUUAAGUGA